AUGGGGACUAGGCCUAACAAAAAUUAUAUGGUCCAAGGGCAGUCUUCAAGAAUGGGAUCAGAGCAAAACCAGAUAAGAGCAGCAGUAGUGAUGCCGGGACAAGGUGGUAGCAUGUCUAGGGCUUGGAUGAAUCAUCAUGUUCAUCAACAGCAGCACCAGCAGACACCACAACAGCAGCCGCUGCCAGGGGAUAAAAUAGACAGGAGUAUGAUUUGGCAGAUUGCAAUGAUAUCCAUGAAAGAGGUUGUUAAAAUGGCCAAAAUGGGGGAACCUCUGUGGAUCCCAAAUCGUUCUGAUUGCGGUAUCGGGUUCAAGUUGAAUGAGGAGGAGUAUUUUCGGAUUUUCCCCAUAGGAUUUGGACCUCGCCCUGGAAGCCUUUACUGUGAGUCCUCUCGCCACUCCACCACCCUUAAUAUUAGUUCCCAUUCUCUUCUGGAUGUUUUCAUGAAUCAGAUCUCUAUAGAGACACAUGCUCAGACUCCUUUUGUUCCUAUCCGUGACAACAUGCUAGCAAGGUACUGCAGGCAAGUGGGUGAAAAGAAGUGGGCAGUGGUGGACGUUUCUCUGGACAUAUUUCGGGAAUUCCAUCUAGUGAAAUCGAGGAAAAGGCCUUCCGGGUGCAUAAUUGAAGAUACGCCCAAUGGAUUCACAAAUGUGACAUGGAUAGAGCACGUUGAAGCACAACACGUGACUGGUGUUCAUCCAAUCUACCAGGCUCUGGUCAGUUCUGGGUUAGCUUUUGGCGCCAAACGUUGGCUUGGUAUUCUCCAGAGCCAAACCGAUCGUCUCUUCAGUUUCAUGACCAACACCGGGCCCUUAUCUGAUAUCACUAUGGCGAUGAGUACGAAAAGUGAAAUGAGCCGUACUCGGUUGUCUGAGAGGAUGGUAGGGAUCUUUAAUACGGGAGUGAGUGUGGCUACAGGGGAUCCUUGGGAUAUAAUUCCAUAUUGUGGCCCAAAUAAAAUUAGAGUUCUCAAGCUCAGAAACACAGAUAUUCCCGGUCAUCCCGUAGGGGUCAUCCUUGUCGCUACAUAUUCCUUUUGGCUCAAUGUCCCGCCCAUCACUGUCUUUAAAUUUCUCCAAAACCAACAAACAAGGAGUCAGUGGGAUGUUCUUACAUCUUCUGAACAACCGAUUAAAGAAAUCUCCCGCGUUGUGAUUGGCAGAGAUUCUUCUAUCAGCGUAUCUGUGCUACGACUUAAUCCUGAAGUACUGGUCCUGCAAGAGGAAAAUUGGGAUCCAAUGGGAGCGUACAUUGUAUAUGCCCCGGUUGACAGCACAGCAGUGAACCUGACUUUGGUCGGAGGGGAUUCCGACUACGUGACAAUGCUUCCUACUGGUUUUGUGAUAGGUCCGGACGGUCUGGGCAAUGGAAGUGAUGGGGCCGGCUCAUUGGUAACUUUAUCCAUCCAGAUUUUGGUUGAUUCUAAUCCCAAUAUUGUGGUUGAACAGCCAUCUCUGGACACUCUUACUAAUUUGCUCAACAACACCGUGGAUAGCCUCAUGAUUUCCUUAAUGAAACCUAGCUAG